UCUCUCUCUCUCUCUCUCUCUCUCUCUCUCUCUCUCUCGCUCUCUCUUUUUCUUCUACCUGUAUGAAUGUUUCCUGACUUUUCUUGGCUUUGCCUCUUCUUAGCCUCUGUUUUUUGAUUUGGAGACUGAACGAGUGCAGUUCGUCGAGGGAUUUAAUGUGCUGACCACUUAAUAUACAUGGUUGGCAGGAUCACUAGUAUUUAUGUUCUCAAGAUAUGAGAGACAAAUCUUUAUUGGAAUGUUUGUACGAUUGUGGCUGGUUAGAGUGUAUGGUCUGGUGGAGAUCAUGCAUAUUAUUUGCUUAUGACACGAUGUAUAUAUAUACUGUUAGAAGUUCUAGUACAUAUAUUACAAAAAUUCACUGAUAAAAAAUGUAUCAGUUCAUUAUGUGUAGCACAUGUUUAACACAUAUAAUUACGAAAACAGUUACUUGAACUAUAUAAGAGUUAAGCUUUCACUUGAUUUUCAGUUCAAAUUUUGUGUUCUUUUCAGUACAUCAACUUUAAUGUGCAGAACAUUGAGGAAAUCCUGAAAUAUUAUAUGUGCACUCUACUUAUUUUAUUAUGCUAACAAGAAUUCAGCCCUGUUUGCUUAUGUAUGGUAUUGAACUAACCAUGUUGUGUUGUUGCUAAGUCUGAACUUGUGUUCACCUUAUGUAUUACAAUGGCCAUGGAUGCGCCCAGCGAAGGACAACGACAUGCAAAAAAACAUACUAGUGCAGCUGCUUGCCUCCUCUUCAUAUUCCAUACCAGAAAAUAUCCUUCUCCCCUCUGUUUUCUUAAAUCCUAAGGAACUGUUGCUGUCGCUGGUCAUUGCUCGGAGCCGCAGCGUGUCGACAAGAUCCUGCAGAGCCAUGAGUUGUGUAUCCGGCAAGCCGGCUGCCGGUCAUGGUUCCACAAAGGAAACAAGAGGGAGCGGCGGCACUGAGACCGAGGGAGACGCACACAUGCUAGACCCCCUGUGUAGAACGAUUGAAUUCUUUGAAUGUUUUUAGGUGCUUCUGUUUGCAAACCUGGAAAUGGGUGUUGGGCCAACCACAAGGCAAUGCCACCAGGUAGGGCGCGAGACGGCUGCCAAGCGCGACAUGAGCCUUUCCGACCCCAUUUCCAGGUGUAGCGCCAGGGAUCUCACUGUGGGGUGCGCGAAGGCACUAGCGACCCUGCUUCCAUUUCUCUUCAAAAGUUCUGCUAACCAAUUAGCCACUAAUGAGAUGACUUUGCUUCCAACUAGCCACUGAAAGUUGUGGCCAUUUAAUGUCACCUUCUACAUUUAAGAUAGGUCAAACUGUAACCUUCCAAUGUUACCGUUUGCUGGCUUAAGAUGCUUUAUGUUUUGUUGAUCUACAGAGUGGCUAUCUGAGAGCUAUGUUGAACUUUCUUAUUAUAGUUUAUACUUAUUUAAAAAACCGAGUUGAUUCUAAA